AUGAGCACUCCGCCAACGCCAAUCCAUCCGGCUCCGGACCAGGAGGUGGCUGAUCUCCCUCACACAAAGUUGGACGGCGACAAUCUUGAUCUCAAUCCCACCCUCGAAGAUGACUUGGACGACGAUGACGUGAGCAUGCAAUCGACCCGACCAACAGAAGACAUUGGCGACGAUAAGGAUAAUGUGAAGGUGGAGAUCACUUCGUGGACAAUGCCUUUUGAAGAUGCGUACGAGGCCGAGUUGUUGAACUUGCAACAACAGAAACACCCCGAGGUGAGCAUUGGCCAACAGAGCAAGCUCAUAUCGUACUUGGAUAAUGAGUUCCUCAAAGUGCAGAGAAAAUUCGUCAAGAACCAAGCAGAAUCCCGCCAUGAGUACUCGUUGCACAGCUUGCUCGAGGAUUUGUCCCAGAUCCUAGAUGUUCUCUGGGUGCUGAUAUCUCCAGAGCACGAACUAUUCGGUCAGGAGGAGUACUUUAUCAAGGUUCUAGGUGACCUAGAGGACUGGGUAGACUGGUACGAUCUCAGCGAGUACGACUGCUUGGAUAGGAAGACCGAGAUUUUCCUUUUUGGUCUAUUUACAUUUUUCCAGAAGGUGGAUGUACGCAUAUCGCUUCUCGUAGAUGGCAUAGAGAAGAAAGGUGACCUUCGACUGAAGUUUGACAGGACUCAAUUAGUUCGUCUCUUCCCAAUUGUCAACCGCCUCAGGCUAAUUAUAGUAGGCAAGCUUCGCCCAAUACGCGACGAGUUAUCGCGAUUGAAGGAUCUACAAAAGAAAGAGGCAAACAUCUUAUUAAAUUUUUUUGACGUUGAAGUUGGUCGCCUUUUUGAAGGAACUCUCGAAAGAAGCUAG